AUGCAGUUCUUCCGCGGCAGCUUGAUCCUUGCGAUCGCUUUCGUCUUGCCCGCCGUCACCGCCUCCCCCGUCGCUGUUGGCGUACGACGCGAGCUCAAGCCGGUCAAGGUCGGAGGCGAGUCCCGACUGGCCGUACGAGGCGAAUACCUCGGCGAGCGUCAGGCUGGGUCGAGCGACUGGUAG